UUAUUGCAACAUCGUGUUUCCAGUGAGGUGCAUGGCAUUUAAUUUCUGCUACGUGUAGAAUCUACACGUCUUAAACUCUCACAAUGAGGGUUGAAAAGUGCUAUUUUUGCUCGAGUCCUAUUUAUCCAGGACACGGGAUUCAUUUUGUUCGAAAUGACAGUAAAAUCUUUAGGUUUUGCAGAGGUAAAUGUCACAAGGCAUUCAAGAAGAAGAAGAACCCCAGGAAGGUCAGAUGGACCAAGGCUUUCAGGAAAGGAGCCGGGAAAGAGUUGGCUGUGGACAAUUCAUUUGAGUUUGAGAAGAGGAGAAAUAUUCCAGUGAAAUACGAGCGAGAGCUCUGGCAGAAGACGAUCACGGCCAUGGCUAGGGUGGAUGAGAUCAAACAGAGGAGAGAAGGUCAACACAUCAUCAAUAGGUUAAAGAAGGGCAAGGAGUUGAGGAAGCAGAGAGAUAUCCUGGAAGUCAAAAAGAGCAUCCAUCUUAUCAAAUCUCCUGCUGCAGGUCUCAAGGAGAGGAGAGCAGAAGAAGUUCAAGUCAUCGAGGAGCAGGAUGAAGAGAUGGCUGUGGCAGAAGAGAAUUGAACCUAGAACCUAUCCGUGCAAAGGUUUACAAUGUGAAUACCAGAAGACCGGGACAAAGCUUGAAGCACAGAGACUGAACUUUAGACUGUCUGUGAUACAAACAUUUAGGAAUUGGAAUAUGUAUUGCUCGCUUUGUUGAAAUGAGGGCAUAUUGUUAUUAUUGGAGCUACAAAAAGACCUGGAGCCGAUUUAGAAUCGAGAAACCUGGUGUAGACUGUAUGUCGUCUAAUGAAGGUUAUUAUAUCUACAUACUGUAUAUGAAUUAAAUAAUGUACAUGUACAACAUCAAAAUGGAGUGGCACAACUGUAGACAUACUGAAGGAAUGUAUCUUUCCAAUUUUCAACCAACUUACUGCUAUCUGAGAUCUAAAUAUUCAGUAGAGGCAUAUACCUGAAAGAAUAAUUUGGACUGAAGUGAAAUCCUUCGCUAGUCAGAAAUUACCCCAGGAUAGGCAAGUUGAAGGAUGAUUUGCCAGGCAUUUCCUCAGUUAAAAAGCUGUUCGAUGUGCCACUGCAUUUUGCUAAGCCAACAUAAAGUCUAGCAUUUGCAUCAUUUUGAUUUGCAUAUUUUCCAAGAAUAAUAAUAAUAAUAAUAAUAGUGGGUUCUUGUAUAGCGCACAUGUCAGUCAGAUUUGACCCGCCUGGCGCUCCCGAUUAUUACCCUGGCUUUAGCACGGCUGCCAUACGGCGCUCUAGCAUUUCAAGGAAUAAAUUCCUACCAGGUCUUUUAAGUGAUAUUUGCGGUAAUCUCGUCAAAAUUACAAUUUUUAACUACAACUACUGUAAGGUGGGUUUGUGCUCAAUCUUCUCUCUCGAGCAACCUACACAAUUUAUAGCUAAUUUCUUAAAUGAUGGCAUUUAUAGCGAGUUUCAAAAGUAUGUGACAUUAAUAUGUACAUGCUCCUAUAAUGAAAGGCAAGGUUGAAAUGUAAGGACUCUGAAUUUUAAAUGUGAUAUAUUAAUUGUAUCUGGGUGUUUUUUUAUAUCCAGAGCUUGUAAAUAACAUUCUUUUAGAUUUAUUUUUGUUUCCCCUCUUCAGUUAAUAUUCUGAAUUAUGUAGAGGAGGAAGCCUUUCAUAAAUAGGUAAACCCUUUGGUUAGAAAUAGAAAUGAACCUGCUAUUAUUUAGGUUUACGGAUUAUAAGAAGAAAAACAUCAGUAUAUUAUUACCGGUAACAAUUGUCUGAAGUAAUUCCCAUUGGUUGUAGCACAAAUAUCUGCAACAUUUGAUAGACACUAUUUUUUAAGUUCUUACCUUUCAAAUUUUACACUCUUCUUAAAAACAAAGACUUGUGCAAGUUUUAAAGGGAUAUUUGAAGAAAAAAACACUAGGAAAUGCAUGUUCAUGCAGGGUCAAUGAUUAAAUAAUAUUUCUACAUUCCCAAGUCUGAAUGAAGGAGUUCAGUUAUUAUAGGCAAAGUCAAACCAGUCCCCCCCCCCCCCCCCCUCUUGUUAGUUUUGUUCUAACCGAUAUCAGUAUACAAAGAUAUUUAAUGUGAAGUGUACAUGUAUGCAUGUUAGUGUGAACAUGUGAAUAAACCUGUAUUAUAAUGUA